AUGGGUGACGCUUUGGACCAUCUCGCCAAUCGCACUAAGCUGGAAUGGCAGUGCAACCUCAACAUCGACUACCAGCCCAAAAAGAACCACAGACGGACCAGUAUUAUCUGCACCAUUGGUCCAAAGACCAAUUCUGCUGACAAGAUUACCAUGCUGAGGAAGGCUGGUCUCAAUGUUGUCCGAAUGAACUUCUCUCACGGCUCAUACGAGUACCACCAAUCCGUCAUUGACAACACCAGAAAGUCGGCCAAAGACUAUCCAGGUCGCCCCGUUGCGAUCGCUCUCGAUACCAAAGGACCGGAGAUUCGGACAGGAAACACUCCUGGGGACGCAGACAUUGCCAUCAAGGCUGGCCUUGAACUGAAUAUCACUACUGACGACAAAUACCAGACCGCCAGCGACGACAAGAACCUGUACGUUGACUACAAGAAUAUUACCAAAGUGAUCGAUGUCGGCAAGUUGAUCUAUGUCGACGACGGCAUUCAAUCCUUUGAAGUCAUCAAGAUAGUCGAUGACAAGACCCUUCGCGUGCGGGCUCUCAACGAUGGGCAGAUCUCCUCCAGGAAGGGCGUCAACCUCCCCGGAACGGACGUUGACCUUCCCCCGUUGUCCAAGAAGGAUAUUGCCGACUUGGAGUUUGGUGUCAAAAAUGGGGUUGACAUGAUCUUCGCCUCGUUCAUCCGACGAGGAGAUGAUAUCAAGCAUAUUCGACGGGUCCUGGGUGAGAAGGGCAAGGAGAUCCAGAUCAUUGCAAAGAUUGAGAACCAACAGGGAAUGAACAACUUUGACGAGAUUCUCGCCGAUACUGACGGUGUCAUGGUCGCACGUGGCGACCUGGGCAUUGAAAUUCCGGCCGCAAAGGUGUUCAUUGCCCAAAAGAUGAUGAUCGCCAAGUGCAACAUGAAGGGCAAACCUGUCAUUUGCGCGACACAGAUGUUGGAGUCCAUGACCAAGAAUCCUCGACCUACCCGAGCCGAAGUUUCGGAUGUUGCCAAUGCUGUUCUCGACGGAGCGGACUGUGUGAUGCUGUCUGGUGAGACGGCCAAAGGUGAUUAUCCCAAGGAAGCCGUCACCAUGAUGCACGAAACUUGUUUGUUGGCCGAAGUUGCCAUCCCCUAUGCCAAUGUGUUCGAUGAGCUGAGGACGAGCUGCCCUCGUCCUAUUGAGACUGUGGAGUCGAUUGCGAUCUCUGCCGUGGGCGCAAGCAUGGAGCUGAACGCAGGCGCUAUUCUCGUCUUGACAACCAGCGGUUCUUCAGCGCGACUUCUAUCCAAAUACCGUCCAGUGUGUCCAAUCAUCAUGGUGACACGCAAUGCCAUUGCUUCGCGCUAUGCUCACCUGUAUCGUGGAGUGUACCCGUUCCUGUUCCCUGAAGCAAAGCCCGACUUCCGUGGAGUUGACUGGCAACAGGAUGUGGACAAGCGAUUGAAGUGGGGUAUUUCUCAGGCCAUCAAGCUUGGUGUUUUGGCCAAAGGUGACAGCGUUGUCUGCGUCCAAGGCUGGAGAGGUGGACAGGGUCACACCAAUACCAUUCGUGUUGUACCUGCGGAGGAAGACUUGGGUCUCAAGGAUUGA